AAAUAUUCAUGAGAGGGCGUGGCCGCGCUUGCCGGCGCACGUGUGAAACAUUUAUAAAAAGUGGACGGAACUUUCUCGCGGAUUUGUUCGACGCUCAAUGGAGACUUGAAUGUCGGCUGGUGUUCUGUUGCCACCGCCGGAGAAGGAAGACGACGGUGAUCCAAGAUGCUACAGGACGCCUAUGGCUGCGCCGUGGCCAACCGCUUCGGGAAUCUUCCCGACGACGACAGAGACCCGUUAGACUUGAUAAGCGAGGUGGAGAACGAGAAGGAGAAAAUGAGGAAGAAAAAGAAGAAGAAGAAGGAGAAGAAGAAGAAUGAGGAGGAGGACGACGACGACGAAAAGGCCAAGCAGAAGAAACCUGGCCAGAAGGAAUCCCAGCAGGACAGGCGUUUGCCACUCACGAAAAUGGCGCUUCCAGAACCUGAUACAGUUCGCAUGCAGCCAGCCCGUGCCGGAGGAGAUUACAGAGCAGAGACAAAGAGGGGCUCAAAGAUUGCUGACUUUGGGGAGCGCAGAGCCAACCAAGCUGUUUACCCACAGGAGUUCUCUGUCCCCAAGCCUUUCAACGAUCAGGAUGCUGACCCCAGGAGCCGAGAGGGAGGCAGGGGUAGGAGAGGAGGAAGAGGUGGAUACACAAGGAACUCUGAUAAUUUUGUCCUGAGGGGAAAACGAGAAUAUGACCGACACAAUGGAACCGGUAACUCACUUGAUGAGAAGAGGGGUGGCAGAGGCCCCUGGAACUGGGGCUGUGUGGAAGAACCAGCAAGCAAGUUAAUGGAGGUGACACCUGAUGCUCAGGUGAAUUCUGAAGUGCCGCGAGCACCAGUUGAAGAGAACCAGAGCACUGCAUUGGCAGAGGAGGAUGGAGAAAUGGUGGUCCAGGUUGCCAUGGAGAUGACUUUAGAUGAAUGGAAGGCCUUGCAGAAGGUCAGUCGUCCGAAGGCGGAGUUCAAUAUCCGCAAAGCAGAGAAUGCAAUUCCAUCAAAGGCCAAAGUCAUCCACAAGUCUAAACCUCUGGAGCAUCUCAAGGAGCGUGUGGAGGAAAUGGAGGAUGACGGUAAUUUUCUCCGCCGGUCUGUGAAUGACAUCACCUCCCUUCUGGACAUCAACUUUGGUAGUCUGGGACGCCCGUCUCGGGGGGGUCGAGGCAGGGGGGCUCGCGGUGGUCUGCCAAGCCAGCCGGACAGAGCCAGAUACACACCGGAGAAGGUGGGUGAAGCUCCUGACCCAGACAACCCAGAAGACUUCCCAGCACUGUCAGGAGGCAGAUAACCGAGUUCACGCUUCAUGUAGCUGGUUUGCACUUUAAAACACUGGCUAGAAAACCAGUUUUCAUGUUUCUGCUGUUCAAGGUUUGGUGUUUUAUUCUGCUGGGUUUUUGUUCCCAUUCACCAAUGGCACUAAGCUUAUAAAGACAUUUGCAAAUA